AUGUUUCACAACAAGACGAAGCUCUUUCUUAGCUGUAUAUCAUCCAAUUGUACCUUUAAGAAGCCGAAAGCAAUGGAUAUAGGAGUUGCAUUAUGGCUUUGCCCCAAGAAGAACACACAGCUUUACGACAAGCUAACCACUCUUAUGGGCUCAUUGAACACUCUAUUCCCCAAUAAGGCACCUAAGUUCGAGCCCCACAUCACAAUAACGACGAACGUAAGCGUCAAUUUGGAUGAUCCGGCGAAAACAAGAGACGAUGUCAACAAGAUUCUAUCAGCAAGUGCUGUUGCAUUGAACUCAUUGCCCCACAACCACUCCAAUUUGGUCACAUUGGGUAAAAUCGAUAGCCAGAGGAAGUUCUUCAAGAAGUUGUACUUUCAGGUGGCAAAAGACCCUAAUUUAAUCUCAUUUGCCAGGAUAAUAAGGGAGUUGUUUGUAAUAACACCACAGGAGAUUGAACAAGAAGACGCAAAGGUAAACCCCCAUCUAUACACCAAGGACAGCCGUGGGUUGCUUGUCAAGAGAAAGAAGCUGAAGAAGAACCAGCAUUCGAGAGAAAAAAGUACCAAUGAUACCAGUCUGGCAGGAGCCGGCUCCAAGGGCAGCGACGUGGCUACGAAGGCACUCGACAUGAAUAAGAUACAGGCCAUAGCUGCAACCAAAGCAUCUGAAUGGUGCAUUGGCGAGUAUGAUCCACACUUAUCGUUGGUGUAUAGUGAUCUUCAUCCUAUAGACAAUGCCUUGUGGCGAACCAUUAAGACACGAGUGCUGGACUACUUGAACGUGGAGAACUGCGACUCUGACGACUUGGUGGAUAACGGUCUUGGCUGGGAUGGUGGAGUUCUCAAGCUCAUCUUGUGCGAGGGAGACGUGAAUGACUGGGUGGAGCUAGGAAGUGUAGACCUACACUAG